AUGUCUUGUUCGAGUGUGCCGCCCAGUGCAGACAGCAUUGUUGUCACCUGGACCCCACCAGAAACAUUCUGCAAUGUGACCACGUACAACGUCACGUACAUCGGAGACGUUCUGUGGUCGGACCAGAAAGAAGUCAAUUCACUGGAGACUUCCAACAAAUUCGCCAGCUUGAACAGCUUGACCUCUUGGACUCGCUACAACGUGUGCGUCGCGGGCGUCGUCUCGGACGGCUUUGUGGGCGGACGGUCCUGCUGCGACGCCAUCACCAAGAGCGUCCGGCCCCCCCGCCUCGCUCAACGUGUCGGCCACGAGCAGCAGCAGCAUCACAGCGUCUUCGGGGAGGAACCGCUGGCGCCGAACGGGAAGAUCGACGGCUACGAGCUGACUGUCGGCGGCGACGCAGUGCAAGUGCAGAAUGUGACGGAGCACACCAUCACCGGCCUCGCCAAGAACUCGAACUAUAAUAUAAGCUUAAAGGCCCACAACGGGGCGGGUUACGGCGCGGCGGCGACAGUGACGGCGAAGACGCAGAAGGCGGCCACGUGUCUGGCAUCGUGGCAGGCGUGGUGUGCGGGCUACUGCUGGGGGCCGCAGGCGUGGCUGCCUUCCUCUACAGGGACGCUCUGA